AACAUGGAAAAUUCGAGAAAAAAACGGAAAACCUGGGACGCAAACUUAAUGCAGAGCGUGUUAGACGAUGUUAAUGAAAAUCACCUAACGCCAACGCAGGCUGCCAAAAAACAUGGAAUUCCCCGGACAACCCUUACUGACAAAAUAAAGGGUAAAAGUCAAGUGAACGCACGAAACGGAAGGCCACACAUCCUCUCCAAGGAAGAGGAGGAAAGUCUGGUGUUUUACAUCAAAUACCGCGUUGACAGGGGAUUCCCCAUUAGUAAGAAGGCGAUUCUCUCACUGGCCCUGGCAACCCACUUGCGGCGUUGUGAAGAGAUGGGAAUGACACCCAAGGUUAAUCGGAAAAAGGGGCUGUCUCAAAAAUGGUGGAAAGGGUUCAAAUGCCGUAACAACCUGACCAUAAGGAAGCCUUCUCCGCUCGACCGCGGGAGGAAAGAUGCUGUUGACGAGAAAGUGGUGAAAGAGUUCUUCGAGUUGUACAGAACAAGGAUCAGCGACAAUGGCUUGACAGGCCAAGCCCACCGAGUAUAUAACGUAGACGAGACGGGUUUCGAUCUUGAUCCACAAAAGAAGAACGUGGUAACGUUCAAAAAGAUGGGGGCGCCGGCUGCUUCGGUAAGAAAGGGCACGAGAGAUCAUAUUUCCACUAUGGAAUGUGUCUCAGCAGACGGAGGAGUCAUCCCGCCUUUGAUAAUCUUUUCAAAGGCCUAUCCAAGUUCAGCAUACCGGUUGGAGGGGCCGGACAACGCGGUAUACGCUACAACGUCAUCUGGGUUCAUUGAAGGAGACAUCUUCGUCCAGUGGCUGGAGAGAUGUUUCUGCAGGUUCUCCUCACAGGAGAAGCCAGUGCUUCUACUCAUGGACCAGCAUAGCGCGCAUGUAACCCCCAAGGCCAUCGACUGCGCCAUCGCCAACGAUAUCAUACUGAUGGGUCUACCCCCCCACACAAGUCAUUUUCUUCAGCCUUUAGACGCACCUGGAGGACCCUUCAACACAAUGAAGAGUACGUUUGAGGAUGUAGUGAACGAAAUGCGCCUGGUGAGACCGAACUUCUUCAUGACCAAAUCAACUUUCCCAAGAGUCUACAAAGUUGUUCGGGAGAAAAGCUUGUCAAUGGCAGUAGUAAAGACAGGCUUCCGAAAAACAGGAGUGUUCCCCAUCGACCAGUCUCAGAUAAACAACCGUUGGCUGACACUGAACAGCCUUGAAGUCGCCGUAGGAGAAGAGAACAGUGCAGACAACAUGGUAGAAGAAGAAGUAGAAGAAUCACAAGAUACAUGUACCUACCAGCUACUCCCCGAAGAGGAGGAGAUACUCCAGAUGGCGAAGGAGUUGGCUGAUCAGGAAGAAGUUGUCAGCAACGAAACAACAAAGAAAGUUCUGCCCGUGCACGUGACAUCACCAACAUCUGAGGUGUAUAGUGCCAAUGAGAACCCGUUUGUAAAGGCCGGAAUUGUCCCGUCGUAUGUUGCUGACCUACUAACACCCAUACAGGAGUCGCGUCAGCGCAAAGUGAGGAGGGUGAAGCCUAGGGCUAUUGUCUUUGAUGAGAAGUACAUAGCAGACCUGAGAAAAGAGGCAGAGGAGAAAGAGGAACGCAAGGUAAAAGAACAGAUGAAGAGAAAAGAAGAGAGGGAGGAGAAAAAGGAACGCAAGGUAAAAGAACAGAUGAAGAGAAAAGAAGAGAGGGAGGAGAAAAAAAGGAAGAAGACUGAAGAAAUGGAAAUGAAGCGAGCGGAAAGGCUCCAAAAGAAACAGAAGCAGCAGAAAAAAUCAAACAAGCCAUCCGCAGGAACAUCUUUGUCGAGCACCAGCCCAGCUGAAGCAGCCGCUAGACCCCGCCGUGUGGCAAAGCGGCCAUUGUGGAUGGAGGAUUUCACAACAGAGUCGACAGAGGAUGAAGGCUAAGCGGGAUCGCGCAACUACGUCCCAGGAGACUCACCACUCACGGUGCUACCACGGUGUGGGUGUGUUAAUGCGGACUGGUAUCUGUCGAGCAAGAUGAAAAUGUGGUUCCUUCCGUCUGCACCAACAUCGUUGUUUAUGCUUACGAGAUUGCUAUUCGUGCUUCAUCCGCGCCGCCAUGCAAGAAUGGGCGAAUUUCACUUCUCAAACCAUUUUAGUGUUAUAUUUUCAAUCGUUAAUUAGUUAUCAAUAGUUAAAAGUUAGGUGACAUUAUUACAUAUUACACAAGAUUCUCAAGGUUAGUAUGAAAUGCCAUGUUUACAUUGGGAAAUGUGUCGUUUUAUGAAGUUGUUUUAGCGUUUAAAGUCCCGACCGGGCUUGAAUGUGGUGUUAGGGUUUAGUAUACGGCAAAUUUGUUCUUGAGUAAGAAGCGUCAGUCAGGAUACUAUGGGAUAAAACCAUCAACAACCUUCUAUAAUUUUUGGUUUAUCGAUCGGUAUUGCCUGUAAAAAGAAGUAAUGAAUUUAUUACUUCUCCCAUUUGUAUCUGUGCGACUAAAGUUUAAAGAUAUUAGACUGGGGGUUUGGAAGGAAAAUAACUUCGUAGUACGGUAAAUAGAUACCAGUCGUCUAUUGGUAAUGUAAUAAUGUAAUUACACGUGUAUUCCUUGUAUAUUUGUCUAUGUGCGAAAUCAGUAACAUCAUUACUGGAAUGUAGAAACAAGCUUGGAAAAACGCAAUAAGGCUACUAGACUGACAGAACCAUUUUAUUGGGAACAUAUUUAUACAAACGAAAUGCAAUGUAUAUUACUAGGUAUUACUGAAGGGAAACGUCAAGCUUCAGGACGCAGAACCCCCUCUUCACGUAAGCUUCCCUCAGCUUCACAACCAGGUCUUCAAUAGCGGCUCCAGAGCACAACUCUUCAACUGCCAGCCGGUCGGUUUCCCGGACCCACCCCACUUGCAUCCAGUCUCCGUCGACCAAUGCCGAGGUCAUGAUCCCAGCCCUCGGUGCACCUGGGCGGUGGUACGGCCGUACCCGGAGGGGCGGGGUCUCCCCGCACUCAAACAUGUCAAUCAGCUUCUCUGCGUUAGAGCAGUAAUGGAAUGUCUGCAAAGUCAGUUUCUAUAAACAAAACAAAAUAUCAACGUCAAACCUUCGGUUAAGGUCAAGCCUCUUAAGUAUGACUUUGUCUCGAUAUACUGGCCUCCUUAGGAGAUCAAGUUUGUAUAGACCUUCAAUAUUUUUUGCCAUGGAAAUUGAUCUAGAAGCUAAACAAACUUACCUAAAACAACUAAAACACAUCCACUUACCAUUCU